CAUACUUCCGUACGUGAGUUGAUUCAUGUGCUGAAACGAACUUUGAUCCUAUCCAUUCGUACUGCACAGGACAUAUUUAUUCCGAUCUGUGAAACGAAACGUUGAGGAAACUUUAGAUUUAGAACCGCGAAGAACAUGUCGGGCAAAGCAGGACGUAAUAUCAAGCCGAAUCCCACUGCAAACGGGUUGUCAGUGAACACGGCAGCACCUGAACCCUAUGAAAACCCGUCCGACGAUGUCAACAAUCUCGAUAUUAUGAAAGAUUUCAAGUCUGGGCCACUGGAUCUCUACAGAAAAAAGGCGUCCUUUGACUGGAAACAAAUGCGAGUUUUCCUGGACGGUGAAGAUGUGAUCCGUUUUAAGAACAAGAUUUGGAAAACUCUGGAAAAUGAUCCACUGUUUUCAAGGUCGUAUUCCACUCCAAGCCUGUCAGAGACACGCAAACUGGCGUUUCAGCGUGUUCGGCAGAUAUUUGCUUACAACUUCCUCCCUGACAGUGAGCUGUAUACCAACCCUCUGAAGCACAAGAUCUUCAGCGACAGUUUGGGGAUGUAUGACUGGAGCAUGGCUGCCAAGGUCCAGCUCACUGUGGAGAUGUUUGGUGGAGUUGUCACCUCAAUGGGGUCUCGCAGACAUGAACAACUCGUGGAAGACAACAAGAAAUUUGAGAAUUUUGGCUGCUUUGCUCUGACUGAGUUGAGUCAUGGCAGCAACACGAAGGCUAUGAGGACCACUGCGACCUACGACCCUUCCACCAAGGAGUUUGUAUUGAACACUCCUGAUGUGGAGGCGACCAAGAUCUGGGUGGGGAACCUUGGCAAGUCCGCCACCCACGCGAUACUGUACGCUCAGUUGUACACACCAGAUGGCUCUUGUCACGGACUCCACACGUUUGCCGUUCCUGUCCGUGAUCCAAGGACACUGCUGGCCUACCCCGGGGUGCUGGUUGGAGACAUGGGAGAGAAGAUUGGCCUCAACGGCAUCGACAAUGGAUUUGUAUCUUUCAACAAUUACCGCAUCCCUCGUGAAAACCUGUUGGACAAGUUCGGGGAUGUUACACCCGAGGGCCGCUACAUUACACCAUACAAGGAUCCCAGCAAGAGGUUUGGCGCCUCCCUUGGUGCCCUGUCUGGUGGGAGAGUUGGCAUCACGGGGAUGUGCACCUGCAAUAUGAAGCUGGCCCUACCCAUAGCUGUACGCUACUCUGCCGUGCGCCGACAGUUUGGACCGUCAGACAGGGAGAUCCCUGUUCUAGAGUACCAGCUUCAGCAAUGGAGACUCAUCCCCUACAUUGCAGCUAUGUACGCCAUGGAGAACUUCUCCACCACGUUCUUCAUGGACUACGUCAUGUUGAGGAUCGGACUGAUGGCCGGUGAUAAGAGCGAGAAACAGGCCGAGCUAGGUCGGGAGAUCCAUGCCAUCUCCUGUGCCAGUAAACCGCUGGCUGGCUGGUUGGCCAGAGACUCCAUACAAGAGUGCCGGGAAGCUUGCGGUGGUCACGGAUACUUCAAAGUGAACCGAUUGGGUGACAUCCGAAACGACCAUGACCCCAACAUGACCUAUGAAGGUGACAACAAUGUCAUCUUGCAACAGACCAGCAACUAUCUUCUCGGCAUGUAUGAGAUGGCCGCACAGAGGAAAGGUCAGGGCAUCUCCACGCCGUUAAACAGUCUGGACUUCCUGGCUGACCUGGACAAGAUUCUCUCAUCUAGGUUCACAAGUGCCUCCGUGGAAGACUGUAUAAAUCCUCAAGUGCCUCUGGCGGCCUACCAGUGGCUGGUGUGCUACUUGAUGAAGGACAGCACGGCCAGACUCAGGCAGCAGUCUGCAGCAGGCAAGGACUCCUUCACAGCCAGGAAUGACAGUCAGGCAUACUACUGCCGCAGUCUGGCACUGGCAUAUAUAGAGCUGAAUGUCUUGGACCGAUUUGUGAAGCUGCUGGAGGAAAACAAUGGAGAGGAAACACCUGCCAGCCUGAAGCCUGUGCUGACCCGCCUGUGCUCCCUGUUUGGCCUGUGGAGCAUUGAAAAACACCUGACCACUUUGUACCAGGGUGGCUACAUCACAGGUAGCAGUCCUCCACGUGUUGUGAGGGAGGCCAUCCUCCGUCUGUGUCAGGAGCUGAAGUACGACGCUGUCGCUCUUGUCGAUGUGAUGGCGCCAACUGACUUCAUCCUCAACUCACCGAUCGGAGCAUCAGAUGGACAGAUUUACAAGAACCUAUAUGGCGCCAUGAUGCAGGGAGAAGAGGUGCUGCAGCGACCUGAUUGGUGGAGAGAUUUUGUAAACAAGCCUGUGAUUCGUCAGCCCAAAUCAAACUUGUGAUUCAACUGCUCAGAUUAGAGACUAUAUAGCUCAUUCCAUGAAUGAAGACGAGGAACAAAGACUUAUUACAAUACAUCAGUGGCUGUGAUUCUGUACAUGUGAGAGAAAUAAUGCUGAGUACAUGAGAGUGUUGAGUAAAGACAAUACUUGUGUUUGAGGCUAAGGGCAGUCCUUGGGCCCUAUGACAUCAGAGUUGUGACAAGGUCCCCUUUCUUGGUUGAUUUUCACUUUGCAGUACCUUGUCACUGUAUGUAAGUCCAGGCUUUUGAGUAACAUAUUCUUCUUGUCAUUAUUGUAAUAAUGGGUCUAAAACGGCCAUUACUCUGACCGACCACAAAUAUGGCUUAAACCAUGGCUCGAUGUCUUUGAGGGUAUUUAGCUCUGGGUCAAUAUAGACCGGAGUCAACGUGGAUUUCAGCUUACUUCACAGGCUUUAGAGCCUCCAGUUGAUUGUUAUCUCAAAUGUUGAGCCGAUAAACAAAUUACCAAGUUUGUAAAUCCAUUGUUAACACAAGAAUUGCCUCCUCUACCUAAAUUCUAGCAAGGCAUAAUAACUCUAUUAUUAUAUAUUUCUCAAUGCAUAUCUAAAAACAUUUACAGUAAUUCUUUAUGGGUUUGUCAUGUGUCAAGACUUGAUGAUUCUGUUCACCAGUAUAAUUGUGUUAAUGUGUAUUGCAGAUAAAAAAAAUGUUUAUUGAAAAUGAAAUAGGUUGAAAUUUCAUGUUUACUGGAUGCUAUUAUCAAAGUUAUCAAAUGUAACACAUGUUAUGGGAUUACACUUUCUCAGUGAGGUACAGUUUCUCGUACUUUUAAGAUGUAGAUGAAACUGUUAUAAUGUUUUCACUGCUGAGUAUUAUACCAAUUAUUCCAUUGUUUCAUUGUUUGCUUAGAGGCCUAUAACAAUGAUGUGGGCACAUUGUCGUAAAUAAUCAAAGAUGAUAUCAUCCAUAACUUCAUGACGAUUAAUUGUGACAUUUUACAUCAAAAGAUUGACUGACGUAAUGUUUGAGAUCAAGAAAUGUGUUUAUGAUAUUAAACUAACAGCAGCUGA